AAGGGCUGGGUCACAACCAGCUUUAAACUCACUCUCACACACAUUCUCUCUCACACACAUCGCACAUUCUCUUGCUCUAAGGUUGGUGUGUGGUGACAAUGCCAGCAUCAAUGGACAUCCUACGCAUUGCUGUCAUCAUCUGCGUGGCGUAUGCCGGGAGUUCCCUUGCAGUUCCCCCAUACGCAGCGGUGUGCAGUCAUGGGCCGGAUGCCUGGUGCCGUGACCUGGACACGGCGGUGCAGUGCGGCGCUGUCCGGAUCUGCCUGCCUCUCUGGAAAGAGAAUGGAUUCGUGUGCGAGUUCUGUGAAAAGUUCAUGGUUUCCCUCGACAACAUUUUGAAAAACGGUGAAACCCAGGCCAAGGUGAAGAACAGCCUGGACAUGGUGUGCGACCUGUUGGUGUUUAACACUCUGCGCGCAGACUGCCACGAGGCUGUCGAAGAGUUCUUGCCCAAGGUGUUCUCUUAUCUCGAGGGCUUCCUGGCUGAUCCCAAGAAAGUGUGCAGUGCCCUGUACCUAUGUAGGUCGGAUGAUGAACUGGCUCUGCAAGUUACCCCAACCCCACAGUUCAAAGGGCUGAACGUGACGUGCCAGCUGUGCAAGAAUGUUGUGGCAGCAGUUCAUGACACCUUGACUGAUCCUACCACGAAGAAGGAGAUUUAUGGAGAUGUCGAUGCUGUCUGCAACAUGAUGACCUUCCAGCCACUUGCAGAUAAGUGCAAGCGCCUUGCUGACAAGUACCUGCCCGUGCUCUUCAACUACCUCGACAAAAACCUGGUGCCCGAUAAAGUCUGCAAGGCGUUGAGGUGGUGCCCUUCAAAGCAAGAGAUUGGGUUUGAUUGCAACGAGAUGCCCUCCUGCCAAAACUCUGAUGACCCCAUGUGCCAUGCGUGUCGUGCACUGGAGAAAGCCCUGAGCCUCUCGCUCCUGAAUCUGGUCUUCCCAGCCCAGGAGAACCUCGUCUUGGCUGACUGGACCCCAAUGGACUCGCUGCAGAAGGAAUACUCUCUUGUGGAUCUGGUGAGCCAGAUGGCUAUGGUGCUGCCCUUGCAUUGCCUGCAGGGGCCCUCCUACUGGUGUCAGUCCACAGACACUGCCAACAUCUGCAAUGCCAUGGAGCACUGCACAGAGGUGUGGGGAUCCAAGUAAACGAAAGGGCCUCACAACUUGCCCCCCUUGCCCUCCACUUAUUCCCCCCCCCCCUCCACUUAUCCCUGAAUAUCUUUGUCCUGGUGUGACCUAAAUGUCUGCCGUUGAAAACCGAUCACCUUUUCAAAUAUAAUUAAUAUUCCAUUAUGGCUUUUGACCGGUCGAAUGUGCAUUUUUACGUAUUGUGACCACCAUGGUGGUUUGAUAUGGUACUUGCCGACCCCCCCCCCCCCCCCUCUCUCGCUUCAUCACGAACCGCAUCUUGUGCAGUACAUCCAAAACUACAGGAAUCUCUACCCCCAGCUAUAAGAUGCUGCCAUUACACGUCCUUUCACAUAUUUGUUGCUCAUUGGGGAACAUCGAUUGUAACGUUUUGCAUAGGCUUUUUUUGUAAAUGGAAGAAUAAUUGUUCACUAUCUAGGAACACGUGUGGUAAACUUAUUUUGCAAUGUAAUGCUGCACUGCACAUUUGUUGUCUAUCACUGAGAAUCCCUCCACCCCCAUGAUUGGCCUGGGGUCUGCCAGUCCACCAUUUUUGUAUGGGUGUAAGGAUAUAAAUUGAAAAAUAUUCAAGGGCUUGGAAAGGUGAGUGGUAAAUGAUGGUACCUCUGGCUAGAAAAGGGGAAAGUAUUGGAAUUGGACGUUUCACAAUUUUGAAACGAGAAAUCUUUUACCAGCGUUCAUGGCCAACCCAUGACCUUUGAACUAUUCUAGUUGAUGCAGGAAAAUUUCUACCUCCUGCUUCCUGCCCCUCCCCACCUGCUGGAGGUGGCUGAAAGGAGAAUCUAAGUAAGAGGUCUUGCCCAGCGCAUGACCCAUCCGCCAUCUCGACCUCGGUGAUUUGGUUUUCUGAUGCGAGUGGUGGGAAGUUUAGCACGUGGUACCUGCACUGUUGGAUCGGUCUCCAAGGAGGACUGUUGUCCUGUGUUCCCCUUUUUCUCGGGGCUGUCAAGCGUCAGCUUCAUUAGCUGUUGUGGCAAUCUUGUGGUUGGCUUGGACGUGACUAUUACCAAAAGUUGAUGGCAGAUGGGUUGUGGCAGGAGGGUCCUACCUAGCUGGGAAAGCUUGCUUUUUUAACGUUACAAAAGUUUGAGUUUUGAGUCGGCAACUGCUAAUAAAAACGGCGCUUAGCACAAGUACUAAAGCUCUGGGUUUUUUUGCUUUAGUUUUGAAAUGUAAUUGCCACAUCCUACGUUAUUUUUUUCCUAUCUGGCAAUCCGAUUUGGACGGUGUGGGUGGUUGUGGUUUUGUUUCCAUAAACAUAAAAUAUAAAGUUUCCGUUUCACGCCUUUUUGCUUAAUGUGUUUCUCUCGCGUGAUGCAGUGAAACCACGCGCCGGUUGCCUGCCAAGCACAAUGCCCCACGUCUGACCGCAUAGACGAUAUGAGAAUUGAAACUGCAUAGCGCUUUGAAGUAGGAUAGCCACAUGUAAGCGACAUCGCAGAAAGCGAAUCUCGGGAAACCUGUUCUUUUAAAAGUUGUUAAAUUGAACAAACAUAUAAUUUGCAGAUUCAAGCCUCAACCUUUUGAAUUUCUAGUCGCAUGCUUAAAUUAUUUCAAGGUGCGUGAUGACCUCCAAGCUGGCGUGUCGUGCACAACACGUUAGACUGACUUGGAAUUCAAGGAGCCCUCGACGCGUAUAGGAAAAGGGGCCCCAGCAACAUUUUGGGUACAAAUUGGUUGGCCGCAUUAAGAAAUCGCACCAAAGCGAACCCCCGAAACCUUGUCAUGCUUAAAACGUUGAUUGGCAAGUUUCAAGAAUCUUGGACCUUCAAUUGCAGUCCAUUUGCUUGACAAAUUCUUUUUUCCCCAGAGUAGCAUGAGUAGUCCCUCAAACUGCUAUGAAGCCUGCAUUGUCAUUACAUUGUUAAAUAUUAAUAAUAA